CGAUCUCACAGUGACGAUAUCAGAAAUGUGAAAAAGCUCUACAGACACUAUCAAACCGAGUGUGAGCUUGAAAACAUGAAACCUGCAAGUAUUUCUGUCUACAGGAAAGUGUACUCAGACAUGCACAAAGACAAAAGUGACACACCUGUUGAACUGCCGCCUGAUAAUGUCUUGAUGCAGACCCCUAAAAAGAAAGCCAAGCCUAGUGACAAUAAGGCCGUUGUUUCAGCAGAUGAAGAUUCAGAAGCAUUUGAUGCAAGCCACAGCUCCCUGCCGGAACAUCACCCCUCUGUCUCACUGGCCAACACGCCCCCCAGCACAAAUCAGAUUUCAGGUACAGCCUCACCGUUUGAUCUGGGUCUCAUUCCCAGCACAUGCUCUGGAGAUCCUCAGCACAUGAUGACCGCGUCGGUUACAGAUAAGAGACUGUGCAGUUUGAAUAUUCCUCAAAACUUCGCUCACCCUCAGCAACACCAGCAGCACACCAACAACCACCAGGCACAGCAUUUCCUACCCCAGCAGCAGCAGCAGCAUAAUGGGAAGGUUUUGUAUGGAAGUCUUUAUCCUACGCCUGUCUGCCACGAAAGGGGGCCAAUAAGUAGUUUUAUGCCAUCUGUUUGGGACUCUAAUCGGACGGCUCAUUCCUCUGGUCCUGGUGACCCCAAUGUUAAUUACUCUUCCUCUGGGUACCCUAGUCAUAAUCACCUUCAACCAUCUUCAUCUGCAUUGUCAUCGUCUUUAUUUAACUACAAGAUUUCAUCCAUGUCAACCCAUUCACAUACCUUGAACUCAGAAACUGACAUGAAAAAUUAUCAACAUACACAACCAGCAACUGCUUCAGCUGCAAAAACUAAUACGGAAACCAAGAAAAGUAGUGAAAGCAAAAUUAGAAAAUCUAGGGACAGCAAAAUUAAGAAAGAAACUAAGAAACGAACUCGUAACGAAGACCAGUGGGGGAGAAAUGUGAGGAAAAGGUUAAGGUUCAAAGGUGAAGCUUACACAUCUGUAAGGGGAAAGUUGGUGGAGGCCAAGCGUGUGAAAGAAGUUGAUUGCUCAAAAUGUAAAUUUAAAUGUACUACAAGAGUGACAGAUGAGCAACGAGAAACACUGAAUCAAUAUUACUGGGGACUAGAUACUUACAAGAAGAAAAUUGAGUUCUUGAACAAGUAUGUGGAGACGUACACUCCCAAGCGGAAAAUGACUGGUCGUCGGGCAUUUUCCAGGAAGUACACGUUUGACAUUGAUGACAAGGAGGAGCGGGUGUGUAAAGAUUUCUUCAAAGCGACUCUGCACAUUAGUGAGAGUACUAUAGCGACCGCCUUAGAAAAAAGCAGGAAAGGUCCGGAGGCGAUAGUUGACAUGAGAGGCAAGCAUAAGCCUGUCAAUAAGACCACAGAAGAAACCCUCCAGAGCAUACGUGAACUCAUCAUAUACUUAACAGGCAUGCGUCCCCACAAAACCAGCAACAACAGUCGCCUUGGAUCGGAAUAUCGGGAUGUAAACAGGCUGUACCAGGUUUACAAAUAUGAUUGUGAGAAAAAGUCCAAAAAAGUGGCCAGCUUGGGUAUUUUCAGAAAUGUCCUAGUCAAGGAAUUCGGCAUCAAGAGUGUUAAG